UGGAAAAUAACUUGCUUAUUUUAAGCCUCGUAUAGAAAGUUAAAUCUUUAUAGCAAGGUUUGGGGAUAAAGCACAACGGCUACUAAUGGUCCUGGCCUGGAUUGCUAGUUUAAUCUCUCCAUGAAGGAGGUGGGCGACGGGCUGCACGAGCAGAUGAACUGCAUGAUGGGGGCCCUGCAGGAGCUGAAACUGCUCCAGGUCCAGACGGCUUUGGAGCAGUUGGACAUCUCGGGGAGCCGAGGCACCGUGGCUGGCGCCGAGCACCACCAGUGCUGCCGAAACAGCCAGGAUGUGCCUCAGGCCCGGUGGGAGGUGGCGGUGGAGGAGCACGGCCCCACGUCCAUCCUGUGUGCCGUGCCACGGCCGGGGGGUUUGGCCCAUCCCGCUGGGCUCCCGGAGGAUGGCCACCUUGGAGACGCCCCCUCCUCCUUCAGGAGCCUCUGUGGUGAGGAUGUUUGUCACCCAAAAGGACAUUCCUCGGUGUCGAGCAGAGCAGAGCGUGUCCACCCACGGACAUUUGAGCCCAGUAGCCAGGGCACAGCUGGGGGGUGGCCAGCGUGCCGGGAGUGCCCAGGAUGUGACGAUGGCCACGACUGGACAUCCUCCCUGAUGUCCCAGAGCAGGAAUCGGCAGCCCCUGGUCUUGGGGGAUAACAUCUUCGCAGACUUGGUUGGGAACUGGUUGGAUCUGCCAGAGCUGGAUAAGAAAGGGGAGAAGAGCGAGGAGUCUCUGUCCAUGAGCAGGUCCCAGGAGCUCUGCAGGAAGUUCUCCCUCACAGCCAACAUCUUCAAGAAGUUCCUGAGGAGCGUCCGGCCAGACCGAGACAGGCUUCUCAAGGAGAAACCUUGCUGGCUUCCUCCUGAAGAUAAACAGCCCGAAAUUUCUAAGAGACCCAAAAAAAUGAGCAAACUCAAGGGGACAUUUUACUUCCCACUUCACGGGAACAUCCAGAACCAUCACAGCAAAGCGGAGAGGUGCCCAAAGGCAGAGAGCAAUAGUGAAAAGCCCAAAAUGGGCAUCAAGAAAGUCCACGAUACCAUAGACUACACCCAGACUGGGUUUGACAUCAAUACAGCUGUUUGGGUCUGAGUUUGUCGGUGUUCCCUGCUCUGCCAAGCACUUGUUUGGGGCUGGGGAGGAGCUGGAGGCCAUACACGUCUUUUCAGGAGACCCCUGAGCUCUCGACAUGGACCGAGACAAAAGAGAAGUCCUCUGCAAAGCGUCCAGUCUCCUGCAAGCAGCAUUUUCCAGAGAACUAUAGCUUCGGGGCAGUCGGAGCAGCAGCUGAUGCAGCCCCGUGUGGGGAGACUUUGGGGGGGGACCCAUAUUUGCAAAACUAAUCAGAAUCUUCAGCAGCUUUAAGGUGAGUGGUCCUGGAUGACCAGCUUCUGGAGCCUGGCUUCCGAUAGCCACUUCAGGCCCAUUCCAUCAUCUCCAGUUAAAACAGCUGCGGCACAAAAUUCACUGUGUGCAUGUGUGUGUGAGAGUGUGAAAAUAUAUAUAUAGUUUUUUAAAAGAAAAAAAAUCUAUUCCUGCUUGUGUGCACUUAAAACUGGGUUAUAGACCAGGCGGUUCAAGCGUUGUCCCUGAAGCACUUGUUAUUUAAGUUGAAAGAACAAAGUUUGAAUUUAUAAGAGUUGAGCAGUUGCUGAGUGGGGGUGUCAAACCCCAGCUUUGUUGUGUUCCAGCUGUGGGGUUUCCUCCUUAAAUUGUGUCUCCGUUGCUCUCCCAGCAUCUCCUUCCCCUGCCAGUUAAACCAGUAGGACACAAGGCUCCUUUUCGUGGAAGUUUGUGACCCCAGAGCCCUCGGUGGCUUUUGCUCCUCUCCUCAUGCCCUUCUCCCCACCGGCCUCGCCAGAGACCGUGUUGCAAGAGUUUAUUGUUGAGGUUGCACCAAGAUACAAAGUUGCCACAGACGUUUAUUGUUGUUGUUUCCUAUUGCUCUUUGUGUACAAACUCCUCUGGACAGAACCAAGUUCUUCAGUGUCCGGCUCUCCAAGAGUUACCAAUAAAGUGGUGUCAGUC